CCCACUACUAACUCUAAACCUCUUCUCAGGUGUGUUUUGGAUCUGAAUGAUGGUGUUCUUAAUGCCGUCCUCAGGGGCUCCGCUGCUGUUCCUGUUCAUACAGGUCACCACUGGUCAUAGCUCAGAUCGGUCAGAUGUCAAUGCCACCUCUCCAACACAGAUGUCGACACCACCGCUCACCACCCCACCCAGUGUCGCAGACACUAUGUUUUCAACAAUGACAUCCGAUACAACAACAUCAGCAAUAGCCAAUAGUCAAAUCAGAUUGGUCAACUGUCCUAACUCCUGCUCAGGGAGAGUGGAGGUCUACCACAGUGGUCACUGGGGGACGGUGUGUGAUGAUUCGUGGGACGUGAGUGACGCCCAGGUGGUUUGUAGACAGCUGGGCUGUGGAAGAGCUCUGUCUGCACCACACCAAGCCCAAUUCGGACAGGGGAACGGGACAAUAUGGAUGGAUGAUGUUGGAUGUACAGGCAGCGAGUCUAAUCUCACAAGGUGCAGUCACAAAGGGUUUGGGAGACACAACUGUGGACAUCAAGAAGACGCUGGUGUCAUCUGCUCAGGUGGCAGCAACACCACAGCAGCACCACCUAUCUCCUGGAACACCGCAACAGGAACAGCCCGACCAACCAACCAAAGAACCACAUUGGCAGAGUCAUAGACCAUUUCGGCAACAUGAAAGAGGAGGAUGGCAUUGCCGUUGUUUUACAAGUAGGGUGAGUCAACAUGUUUUUUUCUACUUGCACGCAUGUACACACACCCACAUAUAUAAAUCAGUAUACAUGGACAGCCACAUGCUAUUUAGCUUACGUUGAUUGGACUAAAUCGUUUUUGGUAUCUUUUAGUUGUCACUGUAUUAGACUAAGCAGAGGUGAUUAGAUGAUGUUGAAAUGCUGCUGGAAUAAUGGAGGCAACUCCUGUUUUCUUUGUGACUUGCGGUAACGAAAAUGUCAAUAACAUCACCUUGGUUGACAAUGCUGUAGAUCAUGAACUGUUUGUUACAUGCAAUAUAUUUUGUGGACUUCACCGGACAGAUGUUGCGCUCCGGUUUUGUAAUGAAACAAAUGUGUGGUUGAAUUUAUUCUGCCACAGUGUCUUCUAUUUUUCUUGGCCUUAGGCCUAUAUAUUAGUGUCAAGGCAUAUGAACUAACAGGUUAUAGAGCAAACAACACAAUUAUCACAACACAUAGGUUGUAAUAAGGCUUUUAUUUCUGGAUUGGCUUCCCCGGUGAUUUUACCCAGGCACCGCUAGUGAUAGUACACACACCAAAACAUUUCAAAUGUUCAAAUCAAAAGGCUAUUAUUACACAGAAAAACGUGGAUAGUUGGGUGCAUCGCAAUUUCAGAACUGCUGGACAGCAACAUAAUAAACUAAAGCACUCAUCAUUGGGAACGAGAUCAGAAUGACUGCUAAGGGUUGAUCCACAAAUUAAAUAAUUACAGUGCCUUCAGAAAGUAUUCAUACCCCUUGCUUAUCCCACAUGUUGCUGCAUUACUGCCUGAAUUCCAAAUGGGUUAAAUACAGUGCAUUGGGAAAGUAUUCAGAUCCCUUGACUUUUUCCACAUUUUGUUACAUUACAGCCUUAUUCUAAAAUUGAUUAAAUCGUUUUUUUUCUUCAU